GGGAGGCCCCUCCCCCUGGCCAGCUCCGGGCGGGCGCCGAGAGCGGCCGGAGUUUCCGCGCCCGGGAGGGAGAUGCGGCCGCCGCUCGGGCUCCUUGCAGAUUUCUAACCAGCAUAAUGCUGGAGCGAGAGACUGGCAGCCAGCAGUUUGCAAAAUGGCCGAGCUGGACGCCGAUUUGGAUCGCAUCAUUCCGUCUUCUGUUCUUCCCCCUUUCUGGGCUAAGUUAGUGGUGGGAUUUGUUUCCCUCGUGUGUUUCGCGCGUAGCUACGAUGGAGAUUUUGUCUUUGAUGACUCUGAAGCUAUUAUUAACAAUAAGGACCUCCGAGCAGAGACGCCCCUCGGGGACCUGUGGCAUCAUGACUUCUGGGGCAGUAGGCUGAGCAGCAAUACCAGCCACAAGUCCUACCGCCCUCUGACCGUCCUCACUUUCAGGAUUAACUACUAUUUGUGUGGAGGCUUCCACCCCAUGAGUUUCCACGUGAUCAACAUCCUCCUGCACGGUGGCAUCUCUGUCCUCAUGGUGGAUGUCUUCUCCGUACUGUUGGGCGGCCUGCAGUACACGAGUAGAGGCCGGAGGUUGAACCUGGCCCCCAGAUCGUCCCUGCUGGCCGCUCUGCUAUUCGCCACGCAUCCGGUGCACACGGAGUGUGUUGCUGGUGUUGUCGGCCGCGCAGACCUCCUUGGGGCCCUGUUCUUUCUGUUAUCUUUCCUUGGCUACUGUAAAGCAUUUAGAGAAACAGGUAACAAGGAGGGAACACAUUCUACGUUCUGGGUGUUGCUGAGUAUCCUUCUGGGAGCAGUGGCCAUGCUGUGCAAAGAGCAAGGGAUCACCGUGCUGGGUUUGAAUGCAGUCUUUGACAUCUUGGUGAUAGGCAAAUUAAAUGUUCUGGAAAUGGUCCAGAAGAUACUACAUAAAGACAAGUCAUUAGAGAACUUUGGCGUGCUCAGGAACGGGGGCCUCCUCUUCAGAAUGACCCUGCUGGCCUUGGGGGGCGCAGGGAUGCUCUACGUGCGCUGGAAAAUCAUGGGCACCGGCCCGCCCGCGUUCACCGAGGUGGACAACCCCGCCUCCUUUGCCGACAGCAUGUUGGUCAGGGCCAUAAACUAUAAUUACUACUAUUCACUGAACGCUUGGCUGCUGCUGUGUCCCUGGUGGCUGUGUUUUGAUUGGUCAAUGGGCUGUGUCCCCCUCAUUAAGUCCGUCGGCGACUGGAGGGUAACGGCACCAGCCGCUCUCUGGUUGUGCCUAAUUGGCCUGCUAUGCCAAGCCCUGUGUUCUGAAGACGGCCACAAAAGAAGGAUCCUUACACUGGGCCUGGGAUUUCUCAUUAUCCCAUUUCUUCCUGCAAGUAACUUGUUCUUCCGAGUGGGCUUCGUGGUUGCAGAGAGAGUCCUCUACCUCCCCAGUGCUGGGUACUGCCUGCUGCUGACUUUCGGAUUUGGAGCUCUCAGUAAACACACUAAGAAAAAGAAAUUGAUUGCUGGUGUCGUACUGGGAAUCUUAUUCAUAAACAUACUGAGGUGCAUGAUUCGCUGUGGCGAGUGGCGGAAUGAAGAAGAGCUUUUUCGAAGCGCCCUGUCUGUGUGUCCUCUCAAUGCCAAGGUUCACUACAAUGUUGGCAAGAACCUGGCCGAUAAAGGCAAUCAGACAGCCGCCAUCAGAUAUUACCGGGAAGCUGUGAGACUAAAUCCCAAGUAUGUUCAUGCCAUGAAUAAUCUUGGAAACAUCUUAAAAGAGAGGAAUGAGCUACAGGAAGCGGAAGAGCUGCUCUCAUUAGCUGUACAAAUACAGCCAGACUUUGCUGCUGCGUGGAUGAAUUUAGGCAUAGUUCAGAACAGCCUGAAACGGUUUGAAGCUGCUGAGCAGAGUUACCGGACAGCAAUCAAACACAGAAGGAAGUACCCAGAUUGUUACUACAACCUCGGGCGGCUGUAUGCAGAUCUAAACCGCCACGUGGAUGCCCUGAACGCGUGGAGGAAUGCGACUGUGCUGAAGCCGGAACACAGUUUGGCUUGGAACAACAUGAUCAUACUCCUCGAUAACACAGGUAAUUUAGCCCAAGCUGAAGCAGUUGGAAGAGAGGCACUGGAAUUAAUACCUAAUGAUCACUCUCUGAUGUUCUCGUUGGCAAACGUGCUGGGGAAGUCCCAGAAAUACAAGGAAUCUGAAGCUUUAUUCCUCAAAGCAAUUAAAGCUCAUCCAAAUGCUGCAAGUUACCAUGGCAAUUUGGCUGUGCUUUAUCAUCGCUGGGGACAUCUCAAUUUGGCCAAAAAACACUAUGAAAUCUCUCUGCAGCUUGACCCCACUGCAUCAGGAACUAAGGAGAAUUAUGGUCUGUUAAGAAGAAAGCUGGAACAAAUGCAAAAGAAAGACGUCUGAUCCUUUUUUCUUGCAUUUUUUGUUUGUGUGCAUGAGGCAUAUCAUUAAUAUUAUGUGGUUAUGUUUAACCAUUUAAAAGUCUUACAUGUUGUUUUUUUUAUUCUGUUUUUUUUUUUCUGUGAAAACAAAGACAUGCAAAAAGAUUACAGCACCAGCAGUAUACUCUUGAAAGCUUGAUGUGGUUUUUGCAUUGAAAUUGUAUUUUUUCAGAC